GGAUCUCGUUCAGUCCAAUUUGAAUCAACUCGUCUCGAUUAACUUUACAAAAAUCUUCCCGAACACCACGAUGACGACGAGAAUUUUGGAAGUGCUAGUGUUGCUUAUGAGCGCCUGGACCCUCAUUUUGGGAGGAGUUUCGGAUAAGAUGGAAAGCGAUUUUUUCGACAACCCUGAGAUAACGGUACAGUUAUCCCACUACUUUGGUCCGGAUGAACCCAGCGAUGCUGGAUACACGCCUAGGGGAUCCGUUGUCAUUCGAAGUUUUAAGGGACCAAGAUUCACCACAAGUCAGAAAGACAUAGCAGACAGUGAUUUCCUCCAAAUCCAGAAACUUGCAGCAUCCAACGGCUACUAUUUCCUUAAAGCCUUGGUGAAAACUACUUCGGGUGACAAAAUCUUUCAAAGUUUUGCACACGCUCAAUCUUUGAUGCAGUCAGGUUUAUCAGACAUUUUAAGGAUACAUGUUAACCCAAGCGGGGAAAUUGUAGCGAUAAGUUAUGCUUUGGCAAAGAAUGGCUUUACGUCGGGGACCAUGAAACGUGUACCACAUCAGUUUAAUACAACAGUGUUUGUCCACCACGGAGAACUCGGACCGCAACCUGACACUGCUCCCUAUUUGGAGAAGCUGGAGCAUGAACGAAUGGCGAAGGAACGAGGGGAGGAUCCACGAGAUAAUAGAUCAUUUUUGGCCAAAUAUUGGAUGUACAUAGUUCCAAUCGCAAUCAUGGUCCUCUUAUCUGGUGCCUCAACACCUGAAGAAGGAGCAAGAUAAUUGAUAGUCUCAACCCAAUCAGCAAUUUGUUUUGUGUGGUCAAUUUUUUAAUGAUGAAUGCUUUACAAUAAGGAAACAACAGUGGAAUAUAAAUUUUAGUUCAUGCAACAGUACGCAGUAAUCAUUAUUACCGUUGUAGCUUCAUACUUGGUAUUCUUCCACAACCUUUCACUUUUCUUUGGUAUACAAUUAAUUGAUUCUUAUUUGAAAAGGUUGCUGUUUUAUAAACUUGCGUAAAUGAAGUCAUUGUGAUGUGUGAAAUGUUAUUUAUUAUUAAUAAAUGUUAUUGUAUGUCCAUCCA